AUGGAUCGGGAGAAGCUUAUGAAGAUGGCCACUGCCGUCCGCACCGGCGGCAAGGGCACUGUUAGGAGGAAGAAAAAGGCCGCUCACAAGACGACGACGACCGACGACAAGAGGCUAUCAAGCACUCUGAAGCGCCUUGGUGUGAACACGAUUCCUGGGAUUGAGGAGGUCAACAUUUUCAAAGACGACACGGUCCUCCACUUCUCCAACCCUAAGGUGCAAGCUUCCAUCGGAGCAAACACAUGGGUUGUCAGUGGCGUCCCUCGGGAGAAGAAUCUCCAAGAAUUGCUGCCUGGCAUUAUCAACCAGCUUGGCCCUGAUAACUUGGCCGGACUGAAGAAGAUUGCUCAGGAGUAUCAGAAGGCAGGUGAGGCUGCCGCUGCUGCUGGGGCCGCUGCUGAGGAUGAUGACGAGGUGCCAGAGCUUGUUGAGGGGGAGAACUUUGAGGAUACUUCCAAAAAGGAGCCAGCAGCUGCAGAUGCUUGA